AGUUGCUUUUAAAUGAUCUAUUCUAUCUGUCUAUUAUUCUAACCUUAUCUGUUACUAUCCUUGAAAAGCACCCAACAGAUGCUUAAAUGCCUGCACAUUACACUCACGCACACGCCAUUUCACACUACUACCUUAUCACAUAUCUAUCGAGUUAAAGAUGGCUCCUUUUACAAUUUCGACAUUGCCUUCUUUAAAUAUUGGCCAUUUUCGAAAGCCUUGUAAUAGGAUUCUUCCAAUUCGCUGCUCCACGGCUGCUUCUCCUUCCUCGGUUUCUAUCCGAUCAAAAGCUGUUCACUUUGAUUUGAAGACAUACUGGACUUCCCUAAUGGUGCAGAUCAAUCAGAAGCUUGAUGAAGCAAUUCCAGUUCAAUUUCCUCAAAAGAUAUAUGAAGCUAUGAGGUAUUCUUCCCUUGCUAAAGGCGCCAAGCGAGCCCCACCUGUUAUGUGCAUCUCUGCUUGUGAACUCUUUGGAGGCAGCCGCCUUGCUGCCUUCCCCACUGCCUGUGCCCUUGAAAUGGUUCAUGCUGCUUCAUUGAUACAUGACGAUCUUCCCUGUAUGGAUGACUCCUCAUCACGCCGUGGCCAGCCCUCAAACCAUACUAUCUAUGGUGUUGACAUGGCAAUUCUGGCGGGUGAUGCAUUAUUUCCCCUUGGAUUUCAACACAUUGUUUCACAUACUCCCACUGACCUUGUACCUGAGCCCCGUCUACUUCGUGUGAUUGCUGAAAUGGCCCGCUCUGUGGGCUCUACUGGUAUGGCUGCAGGGCAGUUCUUGGACCUUGAAGGGGGUCCAAAUGCAGUUGGAUUUAUACAAGAUAAAAAGUUUGGUGAAAUGGGGGAGUGUUCUGCAGUGUGUGGAGGUUUGUUGGCCGGUGCCAAAGAUGAUGAGAUAGAGAGACUGAGGAGGUAUGGUAGAGCUGUUGGAGUAUUGUAUGCAGUUGUGGAUGAUAUUUUGGAAGAGAGAUUGAAACCUGAGGGAGAUAAAGAUAGAAAAAACAAAGGGAAGAGUUAUGUAGGCGUUUAUGGGGUUGAAAAAGCAACAGAGAUGGCUGAAGAACUGAGAGCAAAGGCUAUGGAGGAAUUGGAUGGAUUUGAGAAGUAUGGAGAUCAAGUGUUGCCUCUAUACAGUUUCGUGAAUUAUGCUAUUGAUAGAAGCUUCAAUGUUGAUGACGCUAGUGGAUGACAGAUUCUAGAAAAUUAACCACAUAUAGUUCUUUGAUGGAUUUGAGUCCUUAAGAAUCGAUUCUUGCAGUUUAGAAAUUUAGAGCUUAUAGAAAGUAUAAUUGAUUAAUUAAGAGAGUAAGGUCUGAACUGUUUUUAGACUGAGAGAAUCAAAGCGCAUGUUUGGAAUGGCGGUGAGUUUGUCUGAAUUAUGGUGAGCCACCGUGAUCUUGGUAGAAUGAUGAUACCGGAAUUUUGCCGAACUCGCUGUUCAUCCAACUCUGCAGGUGUUUAGAGGAGUACAGGAGCAGGAAUGGAUAACAAACUGGACCUGUCCUAUUCUCUAGGCUUUGCUAGAAGAGAAGCAGUUGUGCAAAAUUAGAUUUCAUAUGUAUUUAUAUAAUAUACAAUUUUUAUAGACUUUCAGAUAUAACUACAAUACUUUCAACCCUAAUUGGUUAACUCUCACAA